UACAGUUGACCUGAAACCCACAUGCGCCGACCACUCCCAACCAGCCGAAUGAGGUUUUGCAAAGCGCGCUCUCCACCGGCCUGUCCGACCUAGAGCGACUAGGGCAUCCCCACUCCAGAAUCAUCAUGCCUACCUCCGGCCUCAAAAAGCUUGAAUCACCCCGGCACCGUCUCCGGUUCCCAAAUGAACCUACAAGCAACCUGUCCCCGUCAUGACAGCUAAAAACCGAGCAGAGGUGGAGCCCCUCCCAAAAGCCCUCCUCCCCCUCUACCACCGCAUCUGCUGCUUCCUGUGGCUCUGGGGCCUCAAACUCAUCGCCACAGUCCACACCAUCUACAAGGACCUCAUCCACCCGCCCCCGCCCAGCACACACCCAACCCUAACCCUGCAUCUUCCAUCGCGCCCGACCCUGCAAACCCGCAUCUUCUACCCGCCAACCUACACCGCGGGCCAACCGACCCUCCUCCCCACAUACAUCGACCUGCACGGCGGGGGCUUCACCGUGAACACGGCGCGGUUCGACGACCCCUUCUGCGCCUCCUGGAGCCAGCGCACGGGCAUGCUGGUCCUGAGCCUGGACUACCGCAAGAUCCCGCUGCACCCGUUCCCCACCGCAAUCCACGACGUGGAAGCGCAGAUUCUCGACCUCUUGGGUCAUACCGCCCUCCCAAUCGACCCCACCCGCGUAGUGAUUGGCGGCUUCAGCGCGGGCGCCAGCCUCGCGCUCGGCGUCGCGCAGCUGCCAUCCCUGCGCGGAAAGUUCCGCGCCGCGAUCUGCUACUACCCCAUCGUGGACUUCAGCCACUCCCCGCCGGAUAAGAUGCACGCCCGGCCGUACGAGGACUACUGGCGCGACCAUCUGGGCGAUGCCGGCUGGUGGAUCGAUUGGGGCUAUGUCUGUGCCGGUCAGGAUCGAAGGGAUCCCCUCCUCAGUCCGUGGUAUGCCCCCGCCGAGGUUCUGCCGGGGAUGGUGUAUAUGGUUGCCGCGGAGUAUGAUUUGUUGCGGGUCGAGGCGCAGGAGAUGAUUCACCGGUUGGCGGGGUUGGCAGGCCGAAGAGACAAGGAGGAGGGGUUUGAGGUCGGCGGGUAUAAGUGGACGAUGGCCAAGGGGUUCGCACAAGCAGACCAGGAUGACUUAGAAUCGCAACCCUCACCCUCCCACCGCCACGGAGACACCGAUCCAACAUCCAAUAUCCCUCUAGUCACCUCGGUGAUUACCACGCCCCAUGAGCACUGCGAGGCCUGCGAGCGGAUUAUCGCCCGACGAGAGCAGAGGCAGAACAAGUUACAAUGUUGUGGGAUGGUUGCGAUUGUCUUUGUGAUGCUGUUUAUCUGUUUGACCAUUUCUGGAGCGGUGUUUGCGAGGGUGAAGCGGCAUGAUGAUUAA